AAGCGAUCCAGGAGGCAGGCUUAAGACUUCAAAAUCAAAAUGCUCUUUCCAACAGCUGGUACUUCAUUUCGUGGUUGCCGUCUCUACUUGUUCGAACUUCUUAAAUAUCUGCUAUCCCAUUUGGGUGGAAUGAGGACUGGCCUCCUUAUUAUAAUCUAUUGGUUUCCUACAACAUCGGCGAAUCGGUGUGACGCAUCUUAUUCUAUACGAGGACGAGUCCUGAAGAACCACACAAUUGCGACCAGACCAGUUGAGGGGAUAGAAGAAUGUGCGUUACUGUGCGUGGAUUAUCCCGACUGCCACAGCAUUAAUUUCUAUCAGAAGCACAAAAUAUGCGAUCUCAAUGACAAGACACAUACUUCCCAUCCGAAGGAUAUGAUUUCAUUUGCACUUUCAAACUACAUGGAGAAUAUCCUCAGACCAUACCUGUGCAACCGAGACUCGGAAUGUGGCUCGGGGUUAUAUUGCUCCCCAUUAGAGAUGAAAUGUGUUUGCCAUCGUCGAACAACUUCGGGAAAGUACUGCGCCAUUCCCUUCCAGUACAAUGGCGUGACGUACAAUUGUUGCAGCAGUGUUAAUCACCACAGAUUGUGGUGUUCGCUGGAUCCAAUAUAUGCCUCUAGAUGGGAAAACUGCUAAGGUUAACUUAUCAAAUGUACGUCACUUAACAUAAGACUGGACAUAAAAAUAUCGUGAGUCAUUUUUCCGUUUAAAUUUUCCUUCAUCAAAAUAGCCAGUAAAGAUAAUAGCUUUGUAGGGAAUAAAAACCUAAACGCACGAAAAUAAACUGUUCAGGAAAUGAUGUUAAACAAAGAUGCGUAGGAUUAGCACGGAUUGCACAGGUAAUCAUAUUCUGGCCAAGUUUUUCCAGUGCACCACGCAUACCAAAUUGCUUCUAAGAUUUGAUCAUUUAUCUGGACUACAAUAUAAAAAUUUUCAAUUUUCUCAAGUUGGAUGGCUCUUGAAAUCCUGAUUAAGGACUGUGGAUGACAGAGGAAUUCUCUGGCAUGCUGUGGAUAAGAUAAUCUACCUGGUUUGGAUCCCUUUACAGGCUUAAAAUAAAUUUAAAUCGAGUGCUGUAUCAACUUUUUCCAACAGUUCUUUUUGUUGUAGCGUCAAGUAACUUAUAGCAGGUGUAUUCACUUGGAUGGGGUGCUGAUACCCAUUUCUAAUUCCUGAACGGAGAGGGGCACCGUAAGUGUGGAAUAUUUUACUCUAGAACACGGCGUAGUGACCCAGACGGGACUCAAACCAGCACCUUUCGAGUCCCGUUCGGUAAUCAUGGGGCCACCAUCUUCCCGCACUAAUAUGACUGCUACUUUAUUGUCAUUAAAAGUUGAAAAUUAGAUUUUUGCCGACAAUUUGACUUAUCUCGCUUAGCAGCUAUCUACUGGACUAACUGUGACAAAGCCCACGUAAAUUGGUCGAUGACAAAAAAGGUGUCGCUAUGUUCAUUUCGAAAUUGUAGUUUGCUAACUAGCCGUUCAUGCGGUGAUUUCAAAGGGGGAGCUUAUUGCUUCUGUUUCUCCCUGCUAUUCAAAUAAUUACAUAUGGAGAAAUGUUUAAAUAUUUCGCCUAUAAGACACAUAUUUCUAAAUGUAUCUGAACAAUUUUCACUAAAGAAUAUACCUAUGAACUAUAUCAAGUUGCCAACACUUUACUAAGAGUCAUCCAUAGAGCGGGCGAAGAUGUGAAUGUUGCGACACCAAAAUUGUUGAAAAGAAAUCUCAAUCUAUGAAGCCCCUGUGAAAUUGAAAGGCUUGUGUUGCCAGCGUCUCUACUGUCACGAAGUUCAACUCGUUUAACUUUGCACCCAUGCUACUGACUGAAAUAAAUCUUUCAAUUUAACGGAAAGUUAAAACGUCAUCGAUCCACGCGGGUUCUGUUGUACAUAACUUGAUGGUUUCGUUGAUUUAACGGG